AGAAUACCCAAGAUGCCGGAAGACUCGGACAUAUACCAUCAUUUGAGGGCGGCAAACUGCUGCCGAAUUUGUUGCUUGCGCUUUCUGAACGGUCGCACCGACGAUUUUAUCAACGUCGAAGCGGCACUCCUGAAGCGUAAAAUAUCCACCAGUGACACCAAUCUUUCAGAGGAGCUAAAUCAACCUUCCAAAAAACUAAAAGAAAAUUGCUGCGUGGCCUGCCUGGGCCUAUUUGAGCCGGACAUCAUGCAAUCCAUAGUUGAUCAGGUCAAGGCGAGCAGCGAUUUCAAAGAGUACGAUUGUCAAGGUUUCAGCAGCUCGAUAUACUUGCCGAUCGUGUUGCAUUUGCGACAGCUUUCACUCUGGCUGUCGCUUUUGGAACAAUUUCCAAACCACUACCAGAAGGACUCCCCGGCUCCAGAUGUUUCUGUGAAGGACGCCUUUAGAAUGAUUCUCAAUCGAAGAUUGGAGCAAUCCCUGGAACGAGAGUUUUCUGUCGAGGGAGUCACCGUGAAUGUCUUCUUCAAUUAUGCCAAUGAAGAACGGGAUUUGAAGGUCCUGGAGAACGUUAAACCGGAAGUCUUCUCGCACCGUAAAACAAACAAACACACUAGAAAGGAGUUCAUUACUAGAAAUGCUUUCGAAAAACAUUUCACACCUGAAUCCAUUAACUUGAAUCGUUACAAGCAGCACAUUCCGGUUCCACCGGAAGUAAGUGACGAAUGUCUGGUACUGGAUAAAAUAAGUUUCAGAGGGCCGACGCUGUUCCUAGCAGGAAGGUAUAAUAAAAUAUCUCGAGAGCUUAGCCAAACUCCUUGGGUCAUCGAAGGAAAGCGGAAGAUGGAAAACAGUGUCCAAGAAAUAAUUGCUGAAGUUAUUGCCCCAUUCUAUCGGGUACCCUGCGAUAGUUUAAUCUUUUCGUCGAGCGGUCGAGAGGAUGUGGACGUUAGAUGUCUCGGCGAAGGGCGACCUUUUGUGCUCGAGAUUCCCAACGCAUUUAAAGAUUAUUUGGAUGAAGAAACUGCUGUUGUGAUGGAAACUUCUAUCGGUAAAACUGAACAGGUUGCAGUGAAAGACCUCCAACUAGUUCCUCGGGAAGAACUGGUUUACAUCAAACAUGGAGAAGAGGAGAAACGAAAGUUCUACCGGGCGCUGUGCGUCCUCGAACAACCGGUAACCGAACAAGUUCUUAAAUCUCUCAACAUUGAGGAACCCUUCCAAAUCGAGCAAUGGACUCCGCUACGGGUUCUCCAUCGGCGACCUCUUUUGCCCCGACCGAGAACAAUCCAUAGCGUGAAAGCGAUGGCAUGUGCCCAAAACGAUCUGCUGGUGGUGAUCGAUGUAGUGACGCAAGCCGGAACCUAUAUCAAAGAACUGGUGCACGGGGACUUUGGUCGAUCGACGCCUAGCUUUCGGAGUAUCAUCGGUCAACCCAUCGAUAUCCACGCUCUGGAUGUGAUGGCCAUCGAUUUGGAUUGGCCCAAACGGUUAAGAAGAUAAAUUUGAAUGUUUCAUGACAGUUAGUG